AGUCGCUCUUGCUUGCUCUGGUCUGGCCCCGUUCCGUCUCUAUCUUUGGGUUUUGCUUUCUCUCUCCCUCUCUGUCUUUCUGGUUCUCUCGAGAUUGGCGUCUAAGAUAGAGACCAAGGAACCCCUUCUGGUUCGUUCUUUUCCAACUUCAAUUUUUGAGGGCAAUCUUCACUAUCAGAUGAAGGAGAGUGGAGGCUCUCUUGGAGAAGAGAGCCUGCCCGAUAACACUAGCACAGAAGAAGACCAAACAGAAACACACUAGCUUUUUCCAAACCCCAUUUUCUGUUUGAAACUUUCUUUCUUCCAUGGCUCUUUCUAUGCACAAAGAUUCACCCAACAAGCAGAUGGACACGAGCAAGUACGUAAGGUAUACACCUGAGCAGGUGGAGGCUUUGGAGAGGGUGUAUGCAGAAUGCCCAAAACCUAGUUCUUUGAGGAGACAGCAGCUCAUUAGGGAGUGUCCUAUACUUGCUAAUAUUGAGCCCAAACAGAUCAAAGUUUGGUUUCAGAACCGCAGAUGUCGUGAAAAGCAGAGGAAGGAAUCUUCGCGACUGCAAACUGUAAACAGGAAGCUCUCUGCGAUGAACAAGUUGCUAAUGGAAGAGAACGAUCGACUGCAGAAGCAGGUGUCACAGUUGGUGUAUGAAAAUGGAUACAUGAAGCAACAGAUACAUACUGCGUCUGCUACUACUACAGACAAUAGCUGUGAGUCUGUGGUAAUGAGUGGUCAACAACAACAGCAAAACCCAACACCUCAGCAUCCCCAGAGGGAUGCCAAUAACCCAGCUGGUCUUCUGGCGAUAGCUGAGGAGACCCUGGCAGAGUUCCUUUCCAAGGCUACUGGGACUGCUGUCGACUGGGUCCAGAUGAUUGGGAUGAAGCCUGGUCCGGAUUCUAUUGGAAUCGUAGCUGUUUCCCGCAAUUGUAGUGGAAUAGCAGCACGAGCUUGCGGCCUCGUGAGUCUUGAGCCCAUGAAGGUUGCUGAGAUUCUUAAAGAUCGUCCAUCUUGGUAUCAUGAUUGCCGCUGCCUUGAUGUGUUGAGCAUAGUUCCCACUGGGAACGGGGGGACAAUUGAACUCAUGUACAUGCAGACCUAUGCACCUACAACAUUGGCAGCAGCACGUGACUUUUGGACUCUUAGAUACACUACGAAUAUGGAAGAUGGAAGUCUUGUGAUAUGUGAGAGGUCUUUGACUUCUUCAACUGGUGGCCCUACAGGUCCUCCUGCAUCAAACUUUGUUAGAGCUGAAAUGCUUUCUAGUGGCUAUCUAAUUAGACCCUGUGAGGGUGGCGGAUCCAUUAUUCACAUUGUUGAUCAUGUGGAUUUAGAUGCUUGGAGUGUCCCUGAAGUCCUUAGGCCCCUCUAUGAAUCAUCAAAAAUCCUGGCUCAGAAAAUGACUAUUGCUGCCUUGCGACAUAUAAGGCAAAUUGCUCAAGAAACAAGUGGAGAAAUUCAAUAUGGCGGGGGCCGCCAGCCUGCUGUUUUAAGAACAUUUAGUCAGAGACUUAGCAGGGGCUUCAAUGAUGCUGUGAAUGGGUUUGUGGAUGAUGGCUGGUCUCUAAUGGGCAGUGAUGGUGCUGAGGACGUGACCAUAGCCGUUAACUCAUCUCCGAAUAAAUUUUUUGGGUCCCACUAUGGUACCUCAAUGUUCCCUACAUUUGGAGGCGGGGUUUUAUGUGCCAAGGCAUCAAUGCUGCUGCAGAAUGUUCCUCCUGCUUUGCUUGUUCGCUUUCUGAGGGAGCAUCGCUCAGAGUGGGCUGAUUAUGGGGUUGAUGCAUACUCUGCUGCAUGUCUCAAGGCUAGUCCUUACACAAUUCCUUGUGCAAGGCCUGGUGGCUUCCCCAGCAGUCAGGUCAUUUUACCACUUGCUCAUACUAUUGAACAUGAGGAGUUUUUGGAGGUAGUUCGUAUAGAGGGUCAUGCAUUUUCCCCUGAAGAUGUGGCUCUGGCCCGGGAUAUGUAUCUUCUGCAGCUGUGCUAUGGAAUUGAUGAGAAUGCAAUUGGAUCAUGUGCUCAACUUGUAUUUGCACCUAUUGAUGAAUCAUUUGCUGAUGAUGCUGUCUUGCUUCCUUCUGGCUUCCGUGUCAUACCAUUGGAUCCUAAAACAAAUGGUUCAGCAGCAAAUAGAACUUUGGAUCUGGCAUCUACACUUGAAGCGGGAUCUGGCAAUGCCCGAGCACCCGGUGACACUGAUCCAAAUAGUUACAAUCUUAGGUCGGUCCUUACAAUUGCAUUUCAAUUCAUGUUUGAGAACCAUAUGCGGGACAAUGUGGCUGCAAUGGCUCGCCAGUAUGUGCGUAGUGUUGUGGGGUCUGUUCAGAGGGUUGCCAUGGCUAUUGCUCCCUCUCGCCUAAGUACCCAGCUUGGGCCAAAGUCUCUUCCCGGUACUCCAGAGGCUCUUACUUUGGCACGCUGGAUCUGUAGGAGCUACAGGAUUCACACAGGGGGUGAGAUAUUUCAUGUUGAGUCCACGGCAAGUGAUGCUAUCUUGAAGCAACUUUGGCACCAUUCGGACGCAAUUAUGUGCUGCUCUGUAAAAGCAAAUGCAUCCCCUGUUUUCACCUUUGCAAACCAGGCUGGACUUGACAUGCUUGAAACCACUCUCGUGGCCCUUCAAGAUAUAAUGCUUGAUAAAGUUCUUGAUGAGGCUGGCAGGAAGAUUCUCUGCUCUGAGUUCGCCAAGAUAAUGCAGCAGGGUUUUUCUUAUCUGCCAGCAGGAAUAUGUGUCUCGAGCAUGAACAGGCCAGUGUCGUAUGAGCAGGCGAUAGCCUGGAAAGUUCUGGAUGAUGAUGAUUCCAAUCACUGCCUUGCUUUCAUGUUCAUGAACUGGUCUUUUGUCUAACGGGAAGGAAAAUCCAGCUAAAAGGAUGAUGGUUUCCAUCGUGGUUAUGAUAAGCACUUAAUUACCGUAGACAUAAUAUGUACUAAUGCCAGGAUUUCAAGACUCAUGUCCUGCUUUUUUGCUUUUUAUGCUUUAGUAAGCUCCAUGUUACUUGUGAGAACCUCUUUUCUAUAUAUAAAUAUAAUCCUAUUUUGAUA